AUGGCUGAAGACUCACCCCCCAAAACGAGCUUCGUCAAUAAGCUCAAGAAAGUCUUUGGAUACUUCGCAAUCUAUGUCCAAGUCAAUCCAACCAAAUUCGACAUCCUACUACUCAUCACCGGACUCAUUUUCGCCAUUGCAUCCGGAGUCCCCUUCCCCCUAUUGGGUAUCAUCUUCGGUCAACUGAUCGAUGAUUUCAACUCUGAAAGCUGUACCGCCAAAGCAGACUACAGCCCUGAAAUUCAAGCUUCAUACCAGUCUGAAGUCAACAGCAAAAUUCUCUAUGUCCUCUAUCUCGCCAUCGCCCAGUUUGGGUUCAUGUACAUCCAACUUGUAUGUUGGUCCCUGGGGGGUGCGCGACUAGCGCAACGACUGCGCGAACAGUACUUCCGCAGUAUGUUGCGCCAGGAACCUUCUUUCUUUGACGAUUUGCCUUCUGGGGAGGUUUCUUCAAGGUUGAAUGGUGAUAUUUCCACUAUUCGUUCUGGAACUUCAGAGAAAGUCGGAAUUUGCAUCUCGAGUGUUUCGUUCUUUGUGACAUCUUAUGUGGUUGCUUUCAUUAAAGAUUCCAAGUUGGCGGGGAUUUUGGUUUCGCUUGUUCCGGCAUACUUCCUGAUGUCGCUUGUUGGAGGCUGGUUUAUUGAGAAGUAUUCCGGUACCAUGUCGGAUUGUUUUGCUGCUGCUUCAUCCGUUGCCUCGGAAGGAUUGUCGAAUGUGUCUGUUGUGCAUGCCUUCAAUGCCAACCAACGCUUGGAAGAAAAAUUCGAAGGCCAUUUGCGCAUGGCGCGCAGUGAGGGUCUGAAGAAAGCUCUGGCUACCGGUGUUCAGGCCGGCUUCAUGUACUUCAUUGCAUAUGCCGCGAAUGCUCUCGCAUUCUGGCAGGGUAGCCGAACCAUUGCGAACUCUGUCGCGAGUGGCGGUGGUGGUGCAUCUGUGGGAUCGAUUUUCACUGUGAUUUUCGUCCUGGUAGAUGCAACCCUUGUCUUGAGUCAGGUUGCUCCGUUUUUGCAGAUCUUUGGCGCUGCAUCAGCUGCUUUCACGAAACUGCAAAGGGACAUGAACCAUCAAUCCGCAAUCAAUGGAAUGUCUGACACAGGACUAGCUUUGCCAUCUUCUAUGGCUGGGCACUUUGAGCUGCGAAAUGUCUCCUUCACAUACCCUUCCCGCCCAGAACAACAAGUUCUCGGCAAUGUCUCUCUAGAAUGCCCCGCAGGAAAACAGACUGCUAUCAUUGGACUGUCAGGAAGUGGCAAAUCCACCGUGGCUAGCUUGAUGCUGAGACUGUAUGAUCCUAUUGAGGGAUCAGUUCUAUUGGAUGGUCAAGAUGUGCGCGAUCUCAAUACCCGACAGCUUCGCAGUUGUAUUGGAAUGGUUCAACAGGAAGCGACACUCCUCGAUCGGUCAAUUUUGGAAAAUAUCGCCCAUGGCCUUGUCAAUUCAGCAUCCCCUGAGCACGAAGCUCUUCACUCGGUACUGAUCGGUGGACAACUCGGUGAAGUGGCUCGCGCAAUCCGAGAGGGACAGAAUGAAGUAAAGGCAGCUGAGGCCUAUGGUGCGGAUGUUCUGAAGAUCAUUGAAAUGGUCCAACACGCGGCUGAAUUGGCGGACGCUGCGCGGUUCAUCGGCCAGCUUUCCGAGGGCCUUGGAACUAUGGUUGGCUCCAAUGGCACUUUGCUCAGUGGGGGUCAGAAGCAGCGAAUUGCAGUUGCGCGUGCGCUUGUCAAAGACCCCAAGGUGUUGAUCCUUGACGAAGCUACAGCGUCUCUCGAUUCGAGAAGUGAGAAGGAGAUUCUUGAAGCGGUCGGACGAUGCUCGGAAGGGAGGACUAUGAUUUCAAUUGCCCAUCGACUUUCGACAAUCAAGAAGGCCGACAAGGUUAUCGUCAUGCGCGACGGAGGCGUUGUUGAAGAGGGCAAUCAUUCCGAGCUCAUGGCCAAACAAGGGGCUUACGCUGCUCUUGUCGAACUCCAGAAUCUCAACACCGACUCCAACCCACCUGAUCAAAAUGCUGAAAGCGAUUCAACCGAUAUCACUGAUGGCGAGCAAGGUAUUGAGAGUUCAAAUGUUCCUGAGGUUAUCAAGAGCAAGGAGAUUGUCAUCGAUACCACUGAGAAACCCUCAGACUCUUCCUCGGAAGUCCCAGCCAAGAAGACUCUUUGGUAUUUGACCAAAGGAAUGCUCCCGAUCAUGCGUCCUUAUCUGCUCAUUGCCCUCAUUGCCCUAGUCGGUGCUAGCAUCGUUGGCGCUGCCUUCUCUGCUGAAGCCGUGAUCUUCGGUAAUACCGUCGGUAGCCUGACACCCUGUGAAACAUCUGAAUAUAUCCGCUCACGUGGUAACUUCUUUGGUCUGAUGUUCUUUAUUCUGGCAAUUAUUGAAUUCUUCGCCAAUAUUGUCAGUUGGGUUGGAUUCGGAUGGGUGUCUGAGAAAUCCAUCUAUAACGUCCGCGUGCUUCUCUUCCGAUCUCUAUUCGAGCAAGACCUGCAAUGGCACCAAUCCGCCGGUCGCAAUCCAACAGGCCUUCUGGGUUAUAUUACCAACGAUGGUAAUUUGAUUGCUGGACUCAGCGGAUCGGUCAUUGGAACCAUAUUCUCGAUCUGUAUCAAUCUUGUCGUGGCUGUGGUUUUGUCCCUGUGCAUCGCAUGGAAGAUAGCCUUAGUGUGCAUUGCUGUUGUACCGCUACUACUCGGUACUGGUGUCGUUCAAUUGCACGUCCUGGGUCAAUUUGAAGAGCGGCAUGAGAACGCAUUCAACCAGUCCGUGAGUAUUAGCGUUGAGGCGAUCAACUCCAUCAAGACCAUCGCCUCAUUGUCUCUGGAAGAAGAGACAUUGGCUGCGUUCAGACGUACGCUGAACGGCCCACGCCGAGAGACUACUAUGGUUAGUCUGCACGCCAAUCUCUGGCUGGGUCUUGCUUACUUCUUGGGUAACCUCUCGUACGCCCUUGCAUUCUGGUGGGGAUCAAAGCAGAUUUUCAACGGCACCUACAGCGAGACCCAAUUCAUCAUCGUCAUGUUUGCCUUGCUUGUCAGUGCACAGCUGUGGAGUCAAAUGUUCGCACUGGCUCCAGAAGUAUCGAACGCUCGCGCCGCCGUGGCUCGGGUCCUUGCAAUCCUCGAACUCGGAUCCGCAGGCUCCAAGUAUACAGCUCUUGAGACUUCAAACGAAAAGGACCUUGAAGGCACUGCGCCAACAAAGUCCAUCGCGCCGAACACGGAAGGUGGACUUGACGUCGAGUUCCGCGACGUCAAAUUCUCCUACCCAGCACGCGCUCACAUCCCAGUACUCCGCGGUCUGAACGUCCAUGUUCGCCCAGGUCAGUUCUGUGCCCUGGUCGGACCUUCCGGGGCUGGUAAAUCGACCAUCAUCUCCCUCGUUGAACGAAUGUAUCUACCAACCUCAGGCGAGAUCCUCGUCGACGGAACAGACAUCACAAAACGGGAAGACAUCUCCUUCCGCGACCACAUCGCCCUAGUACCCCAAGAAGGCGUUCUAUUCGAAGGCAGCGUCCGCUUCAACGUAUCUCUAGGCGCUCGCCCCGGAACAGAAGUAUCUGACGCCGAGAUCGAAGAAGCCUGCAAACUGGCCAACAUUCACGAAACAAUCAUCAACCUGCCAUCAGGCUAUGACACGAUGUGUGGUGCAAACGGCAGCAAAUUGUCUGGUGGGCAGAAGCAGCGACUGGCUAUUGCCCGGGCACUUGUGCGGAAACCUCGAUUGCUGGUACUUGACGAGCCGACUAGUGCGCUUGAUGCGGAGUCGGAGAAGUUGUUGCAGCAAGGUUUGGAGGUUGCGUCGAAGGGCAUCAGUGUUUUGGCGAUUGCGCAUAGGUUAAAUACUAUCCGGAAGGCGGAUACGAUUUAUUUGAUCGAGGCGGGUUUGUGUGUUGAUGCGGGAACGCAUCAGGAGUUGUUUAAGCGCUCUGAGAGUUAUCGGACUAAUGUGCUCAGUCAGAGCUUUGGGGGGGAGUGA